AUGGGGCGCAUCGACGUGGAUCGGAUGGACCUCAUCAAGUAUCCUGGUUGGCGGGACGUCCAGUGGAGCUAUGCCGAUUUGAAGCCAGGUGAUUGCUUGUAUAUCCCCUAUCAGUGGUAUCAUCAGGUCACCGCCUUCCCCGGGCGAUCCAUCAACGUGCACGUCUGGUACUGGCGACCGGCCCAGUUUGAUGCGUCCAGCUGCUCGAUGGUGAAGGGUCACGGUCAGCCACGGCCGGCAGCGCGUGUGAGCUACGCGGAUUGCACCUGGGGAUGGGAGCCAAAGAAGGGCCACCUGGGGAAAGUGAAGAAAGGCUGGCCCAAGGUGACGAAGUGUCGCCAGGCGAAACAACAGGAGCUUUGA